UUAAAAUCUGGUCGGAUCUGGUUAGACUGUCCAUGUCUUUACUGCUCAUCACUCGAUGCACUCAUCUGUAUUGAUGAUCGGUACUUUAAUUCAGAAUGGACUAUGUCGCUUGUAUACUGCUUGCGAUUGGGCUGCUUCUGGUUGCUGGUACUGCAGUGACAAUUGUUUUCAUUGUUUUCAAGAAUAAAAAUAAGUGUUUCUUCAAAUGCACUUAUCUGUUGAAGCUGUGGCAUAAAAUUAAAAACGUAACAGAAAGGGCAGGGGGAAGAGAUAAACACUGUGAACCACAGUCAGAGAAAGCAGUAGAACCAAAGGCGCAGCAAAAGAGAGCACAUUUAGAUGAGAGACCAGCUGCCUUUCCUCAACCAAAUCUGAAGCAUUUGCCCAUGCAACCAAUAGAAAGGAUCUCCGCUUUGCCCUGUGAUGAAAAGGGCCCUCUCGCAUCACUUGCAAAAGAACAGUACCAUCAGAAGAAAAAAGAAAUAGUGGGAGGUGCUGUCACUGCCAAGAAGCCAAAAAAAACUAAUUAUUUAAAUUCAAAACAAGGAACUGGAAAGCUAAACAUACAACUCUUUUACAACACAGACAAGCAGCAAUUGUGUGUAACUGUAGUGCAGGCUAAAUACUUGUACAUAAAAAUGAAACAUCUAGAUACUGCAGACACUUACAUUAAAGGAACAGUGUUACUGAAAAAACCUUUCAAGUUCAAAACCUCAGUAAAAAAGAAAUCCAAUGACCCGAUGUUUCAGGAGGAAUUUAUAUGUUCAACCAGCCAGUCCUCAUUGAUAAAUACCAACCUUUUGCUUCAAGUGAUGUCCCUUACGCCUCACAGGCAGACACUUGGACACUGUGCUGUGCUAUUAAACACUGUUGGCCCACAGCAGCAGGACUUGUGGCUAGAUCUUCAGCAGUGGCAGGGCACCCAGGCGAGCCAAGGAGCUCUCUGUGUGGGUUUGUGCUACAAUUCUGGUAUGCAUACCAUGGAGCUGAAAAUACUGGAAGCAAAAAACAUCAUCUCAGCCAAUGUAUUUGUCAAGGUGCAACUAUUCCAACAAGAUGUAAGGCUGAGGAAAAAGAAAAGCAGGUGUGUGAAGAGUACAAUAGGGUUCGCACGCUGGGAGGACAGGUUGCUGUUUCAGCUGCCAUCCACUGAUUCCCUCCUACCUGGGGUUCACUUUCAAUUGCAGCUUUACAGCAAAGAUUUCGUCAGAGAUGUUUGCCCUUCGGGAGAGUUAACCUUGGGCUGGAAAAGUGAAAAUGUUGCUCUGGAGCACUGGAAAAACACUGUGUUGAACCCUGGAAAUACUAUCACCAUGUGGCACACACUUAGCUGAUGGGUCAAUUCGCACGCCACGUCUUUUUGGAACUGCAGUACUGCUUUGAGCUUUGGUUCCUGACUCUGGCCUGACGUCACCACUCAGCCAUCCCUGUCACAGUCACACCUACAUUUUUGCAGUAAUCUGGAAAAUUGCUUAUGAAAUUUGAUCAAUGUUGAUCAACUUUUUCUCAUACUGAUAGCUCAAAUAUUACAUUUACAGCCGUGGCUGGGGUGUAUGUUAAUGACAUACAUAUUACUUUCUUACCCACCCUUUUGGUUUCUUUUUCCAUACCUUGCUGGUAUGCCUCAGUAAAAUGCAGAUGUUUACAGCUAUUAGAUGUAUUUAAGAAUGUAUACAACAAGCAAUUGUAUAGUAGAUUCAUUUGAAAUUGACUGCUCAAACAGCACUACAGUCUACUAAACCAGAAUGAACAGACAACACCACUAUAAAUAUUAGCCUUGACCAGGAAAAAACAGUGCUGGCCAGUGAUCAUUGCUGAAGUUUCUGGACUGGGCAGUCUAGUAUGUUCUACAUGUAGGGGGUACAGUUCAUAUUUGUAUUUUAUAUGUUGCUGAUUAAUUUUUUGUUUUGUGUUUUUUUCUUCAGUGCAGUUAAGUUAUACAAUGGUGUAAGUUCGUUUGAACCAUGAUGCCCUGACUGCUGUAGAAUUGUAAUUAGGACUUUUUUUGAAAGUGUUCUUUUUUUCCUAAAGAGUUGAGACCUUGUAGAAUAUUUGUAACUAGUUCAGCUGAAAUAAAAUGUAUUUUUUUUAUUACUGUUUUUUUUUUUUUUGUAUAGGGUACUGCAGUACAUACAGGAUUACUAGGAUUACUGAAAAUAAGAUUGUAGGGUACUGAGUUCCUGUGAUGUUACUGUACUAGAUUGCAUAUCUGUGUACAGCUAUGGCCAAAAGUUGUGCAUCACCCUACAGAAUUAACUAAUUUUAAAGUCGAUUGAAACCUGCUGAAUAAUGCUACGUUAACAAAAAUACUAUACUUCUAUUAUGGUUUCCGGUAUCAUUUUGAAUUUUGUGAUAUCAUUCUGUAGUUUCUUUGAUUACAUGAUGCUAAA